CCUCACUGUCUUGGCCCCCGCUAUCCCUGGUCACUGCGCUGGCUGCCCACCGUUGAGUAUAUACUCUUCAGGAACCCGCUGCCGUCCGUUUGGCCCGCUACCACUGGUUCUCAUCCACAAAUCCGCGCCACGGUACAAUCUACCACCCAACACUCGUCAACUCAGUUUCAAUAUGGUUGCUCACCGUCGCGGCCCUUGGUCGCAACACGAGGACCGCUAUCUCAUCGAACUCGUGACCCGAAAUGGCCCGCACAACUGGGUUCGGAUAUCACAGGAAAUCACCACACGGUCGCCAAAGCAGUGCCGAGAAAGAUAUCAUCAAAAUCUUAAGCCUUCGCUAAACCACGAACCCAUCUCCCAGGAAGAGGGCGAACUGAUCGAGAAGCUGGUUGCCGACAUGGGCAAGAGAUGGGCCGAGAUUGCUCGAAGACUACAAGGCCGUAGUGAUAACGCCGUUAAGAACUGGUGGAAUGGUGGACAGAACCGCAGAAAGCGCAACCCUGAGCGUGACCAGCCCUCCCACCCGCAAAUGCACCAUCCGCAAACCGCAUACCACUACCCCGCAGUAGCACAUCAAUCUCACCACGACGAUGAAGCGCAUCGUCUGUCUUACUCGUCUUCGCGGCGGACCUCGCUCAACCCUCAGACUCAUUCUCCUCAUGCACUCAAGCUUCCACAGCCUCAGGGUUUCGAACCUUACGCCGGCCCGCGGCCAGCACCACUACAACUCCAGCCGUACAACUCACAUGCAUCGCGGGGGCGUGGGAUUGAGACACCCAUGCCGUCGCCUUCGGGUUACUCAAUCGUCUCCGCAGAUGGUGCGCCUUCACUGAUCACGGACACCGGCUCAGAGUCGCGCUCACCCCGUGGUGCAGCCUCUCCUCUGGAUCUCACACUUGCUCCUUUGGUCGGCAGCCGGGAAGAGCGCAGAAAUUCGUGCACCCGAUACCUCCCUCACAUGGGCUUUGCGAACGAGGACGAUGACCACACAUCGUACGAUUACCGACGUGGCUCCAUGCAGCUCCCGCCUCUGUCCGGUGCCGAGAACAGGACUACGACCCCUUUCAGAGAAGCAAUCUCGAAGCAAUCGUACAGGGCCGAACGACCGCAGCUGCUCACACAGCCUGCGCACCAGCUGGUUCACCACCACUCGCUACCAUACUCAGCACCCGCGGAGCAACGACCACUGCCACCUUUCGCCACUCUGGCGGAACCAGGCCGGGUACCGCUGCCGUCCCCCAGGAAUACGAGCCCGUCCUCAAGACAUCUCCCGUCGCCGUUCACUCGCACGGCACAGCCAACUGAAACACGCAGCGCGCCUGUUUCGCCCAAGGACAAGCCGCAGGACAGCCGCAUGGACCUUCGAUCCCUGGUGAUGUGAUCGGCCGCUACUCACGUCGCUAUUC